AUGGAGGGGUCCGGGGAAGAGUUUUUGAAAUAUCGUUCACCGCUGGUAUCCCGGUACGCAAGCAAAGAGAUGGCUUUUAACUUCAGCGACAAAAAGAAGUUCACGAUUUGGCGCACGCUUUGGAUCUUCCUCGCCAAGGCAGAGAAGGUCUUGGGGCUGCCCAUCACAGAUGCUCAGGUGAGUGAGAUGGAGGCUCAUGUGGAAGAUAUCGACUUUGCCAUGGCGGCUGAAGAGGAGCGAAAGCUUCGGCAUGACGUUAUGGCCCAUGUUCACACCUUUGCCAACUGCUGCCCCACUGCUGCUCCUAUUAUCCACCUCGGUGCUACUUCCUGUUACGUGGGAGACAAUACGGACCUGAUUAUGCUACGGGAUGGCUUUGACAUCCUGUUGCCAAAGUUGGCCCGUGUUAUUGACCGAUUGGCUAACUUUGCGGAUAAAUAUGCUGACCUGCCAACUCUGGGCUUCACCCACUAUCAGCCGGCUCAGUUGACUACGGUAGGGAAGCGUGCCUGUUUGUGGCUUCAGGAUUUGCUGAUGGAUAUGAGGAACCUGCAGAGAGCUAGAGAUGAUCUGCGUUUCCGAGGGGUCAAAGGCACCACAGGCACCCAGGCCAGCUUCCUGCAGCUCUUCCAGGGCGACCAUGAUAAGGUGGAGCAGCUGGACAGGAUGGUCACUGAGAUGGCUGGUUUUAAAAAGUCUUACUUGGUCACAGGACAAACAUAUAGCCGUAAAGUGGACAUUGACUCUCUGUCUGUGCUGGCCAGCUUAGGAGCCACUGUACACAAGAUCUGUACUGAUAUUCGUCUGCUGGCUAACCUGAAAGAGAUUGAAGAACCAUUUGAGAAAGAGCAAAUAGGUUCCAGCGCUAUGCCCUAUAAGAGGAACCCAAUGCGUGCUGAGCGCUGCUGCAGUCUGGCUCGCCACCUGAUGGCACUGGUGUCUGAUCCUCUACAGACUGCUUCAGUGCAGUGGCUGGAAAGAACUCUUGACGACAGUGCAAACAGGAGAAUCUCUCUGCCUGAGUCCUUCCUCACAGCUGACAUCAUCCUCAGUACUCUGCAGAACAUUACUGAGGGUCUAGUGGUCUACCCUAAGGUGAUUGAGAGGCAUAUUCGUUAUGAACUGCCCUUUAUGGCAACAGAGAACAUCAUCAUGGCCAUGGUGAAGGCAGGAGGAAACCGACAGGACUGCCAUGAGAAGAUCCGGGUGUUGUCCCAGCAGGCAGCAGCGGUGGUUAAGCAGGAGGGAGGGGAUAAUGAUCUUCUGGCUCGAGUGCAGGCUGACCCCUACUUCACCCCUAUACUCAACCAGCUAGAUACUCUUCUGGACCCCAAAACUUUCAUAGGCCGAGCCCCACAACAGGUGGCCAGGUUUCUUGCAGAAGAAGUCAAGCCUGUCCUCGAGCCUUAUAAGAGCAAAAUGGAUGUUAAGAUUGAGCUGGAGCUUUAAGGCAACCAAAUUUUUUUGUAACAUCAAUACUGAAUGUCAGUAUCUGAAUUGUAAUGAGGGUUGUUGUCAUGUUUAUACAAAAUAAUGUGUAUACAAUAAACCUUGUAGUUUUGUUGAGCAUC